AUGUGGCGUUGGAGCAGAACCUGGACUCGGCCCCUUCGGGAGACUGGGAUACCCAUAGUGCAUUCCUGGGGUCUAAGCAAGCCUCCCUCAGGCUCCUCUCUGACUCCAGCCAUGUAUAGUAGCAAUGGGCCAAGGACAGUAUCACUUGCCUACAAGCUGUUGGAAGGUCAGAACACCCAGCCACCCCUCGUCUUCCUACACGGGCUCUUUGGCAGCAAAAUCAUCUUUAAGUCUGAGGCCGAGGCCCUAGCACAGCAGACAGGCAGAAAGGUGCUGACAGUGGAUGCCCGGAACCACAGGCACAGCCCAUCAAGUCCAGACUGCAGCUAUGAGGCCAUGAGCGCAGACCUGGAGGCCCUCCUGUUAAAACUAGGACUCACUCCUUGUGUCCUCAUCGGGCACUGCAUGGGGGGCAAGACAGCCAUGGUCCUGGCACUACAGAAGCCUGAACUGGUGGAACGCCUAAUUCCUUUGGAUAUUAGCCCAACGCUGAUCACAGCCUUCCCAGAAGUCGGGUUCUACACUGAAGCCAUGAAGUCACUAAACAUUCCAAAGGAGCUGCAUUUCUCCGAGGCCCAAAAAUUAGCUGAUGAGCAGCUCAGCCAAAGUAUCAAGGAUCCAGUUAUUCGGCAAUAUCUUCUCAACAAUCUGCUCAUGGUCAAUGGGCAAUACGUGUGGAAGGUCAAUAGCGAAGCCUUGAGCCAGCAGGUGGACAAGAUCAUGGACUUCCCCCAGAUCCAGGGAUCCUACUCCGGCCCCACACUCUUCCUUAAAGGCGCCAACUCAUCCUUAAUUCAGCCUAGUCACUACCCUAAGAUCAAGCGUCUUUUCUCUCAAGCUCAGAUUCUGUCUAUCCCAAAUGCUGGGCACUGUAUCCAUGUUGACCAACCCCAAGACUUCCUGACCAGUAUCCAAAAUUUCCUGUCUGAGAAGUUGUUGCCUCUACCAGCCCUCAAACUUUGA